UAUGAUAUGCCAUUUGCACCAUUCACAGGAGUAAACCACCAUUUGCAAUCAAUACAAUUUGGAUGUGCACUUUUACAAGAUGAGACAGAGGUGACAUUUUUGUGGUUGUUUGAGACAUGGCUUGAAGCAAUGGGAGGACGUCAUCCAGUUUCCAUUAUUACUGAUCAAGACUUGGCAAUGAAAGGAGCAAUUGCCAAGAUUUUUCCUAACACUCGCCAUCGGUUAUGCCUUUGGCAUAUUAAGAAGAAGUUUGCAGAAAAAUUGUCACAUGUGUACUUCAAGAAGUCCAAAUUCAAAAUUCAGAUGAAGAAAUGUAUUCGGUCAACAUACAAGAUAGAGGAAUUUGAAGAAAAGUGGAAGGAAUUGAUGAAAGAAUGUGAAUUGGCUAAUGAUGACUGGUUGAAUAGUUUAUAUGAUAUACGUUCUUCUUGGGUUCCUGUUUAUAAUCGUGACAUAUUUUUUGCAGGAAUGAACACUACUGGACGUAGUGAGGGUAUUAAUUCUUUUUUUGAUGGAUUCGUUACACCGACAAUAAAUCUUAGAGAGUUUGUUGUCAAAUAUGAGCAAGCAUUAAAGAGGAUCAUGGAUAGAGAAAGUGAUGAAGAUUUUGAAUCAGAACACAAGUAUCGCAUUGUGAAUGAAGGAGAAUUCCUUUUGAAACACGCAGCGAAGUUUUACACUAGAAAUGUUUUCAACAAGUUUAAGGAUGAAUGGAGUAAAGUUACUCUCUACAAAGUUGAAGAAAUUCCAUGUGACAACGAAUAUCAUGCAUACCUAGUGAAAACAAAACUUGGAGAGCAUGAAGAGUUUGUGGUGAAGUUAAAUUUACAAACAUACAAAGAUACACUACCUGACCAUUUUAUUCUUCCAAGAUGGAGACAAGAAGCAAACAAAUUUAGGAUAAUGGAUUUUAAAAGUUUGGUGACAAAUGAUGGUAAAGAAGAAUCAGAGGCUUUACGACUUAGCCAUAUGUGUCAUCAAGCAACAAAGUUGGCUUGCAUUGCAGCAUCUUCAAAUGAGGCAUACACAACGUUUAUGGAAGCUAUAAAUGAAUUGUCCAAGAAACUGUCAGACAAUUCUACUCAGCAUGCAACAAUUCCUUCCUCAACAAUAGGUGAUCCAUGUAGUACUAAUAUUGAUUCCUCUCAAUUGUUGCUUUUGGACCCUAAUAUCUCACAAACUAAGGGUAGAAAGAAGGACAAUAUUAGCGGUUCAAAAAGGAUAAAAAGUGGUAUUGAGUUGGCUCAAAACAAGAAGAAAAGAAAGUGUGCAUUAUGCAAAAAGAUAGCACAACAUGACAAAAGAAAUUGUCCAUCAAAUCUGAAAAGAAGAAAGAAUGAAUCAACGAAUCUAUGCAAUGAAGAGUCAGAAGACUUGUGCCAAGAUAUGGAGA